AUGUUUGUGUAUGGUAUUAAACCAGGGUCUAGUGAAGAAGAGGAAGAAGAAGAUGUUAUGGAUAUUCUACAGAAAAGACGAGAAGAAUGCGAGCGCAAGGCAAGAAGAGGGGAGAUGGAUCCCCGUCUGGAGUUUACAUUUCAGCUCCUGAUUGAUGGGACUGGUUUACCACGUCAUACUAUAAUGGAUCAUGUUUUCGAAGGGAAUAUGUUAGAUGAUAUCAAUCAACUGUUUCUUCCUCACAUGAGGAAUAAACUUCUUUGGUAUUACCAAGACGUUGAGGAAGUUGAGCAGCGACCACAAGCCGAAGGUACCAAACCGCGUCAGCAAGGUCAAGGAAAGCAGCCACCACCUCAAGUGACUCUUAAAAAGAAGCUAUUUUUAUCAGAUGGCUGGGACGUAAAAUUUACGGGGAUAUGUAUUUAUAUGUUCAGAAUAAAUGUCAGCAAACAGUUGCCAGAAGAAGGAUUUCAUAAAGAUUUGUUCUGUGGAAUUUUAAAUGCCGGUAAAGUGGGACUGGUGACGGCAAUAGAGCGGAUUAUGGAGCACGUUUACAUGAAUGCGCUCGCUCAUCCGAGUAGCGAUGGAGACGAAGACGAGACUAGAUUCCCUAUCGUUAAGAACCAACUACUUCCAGGACUCAGAUCAUUCUGUAGUGCUCUAAAAGUUUGCGAAGACGUAUGCAACCAGGUGAAUUUAUUCGAUGACGGCAAAUCAUUCAUGGCCAAUGUACAAGAUCACACCGAGCUGAAGGAAAUGACAAAAAAUCCUAACACUAUAACCAUGUUAGAAGAGCGAGUUAAUGAGUGGAUCAAAAAAGUGAUGGAGAUACUCAGUGAGAGCGAACAACUACGCCGCGAAGUGGACUCCAGCGGGCCCCAGGAUGAGCUUGAAUAUUGGAAAAAAAGAGGCGCGCAGUUUUCACAACUUGUCUCUUAUUUACAGGAUAACGAAGUCCAACUUACACUUACCUGCUUGCAAUUGGCCAACUCGAAAGUGGUAAAGUUCUGGCGCGAUACGGAUCACAAGAUCACGUUUUGCUACAAUGAAGCCAAGGACAAUGCGAAAUUCAUUCAGGCCAUGGAGAAGUGUUGCCACUCGCUCUACCUUGAUGACCCGGUAAAAAUAAAGGACUCCAUACUCAGUUUACUGCAAACGGUUCGCUUGAUCCACAGCGUCUCUCAGUUUUACAACACGUCCGAGAGGAUAUCUUCUUUGAUGGUCAAAAUAACGAAUCAAAUGAUAGAAACAUGUAAGCAAUAUAUAACGUGUCGUUUCAAAGAGACGAUCUGGUCUCAAGAACGUUCUUUAGUAAGGGAAAAAUUGAUGCACUGCAUCCACUUGAAUAAAACGUAUAGAGAGACUUAUAUCUUGGUAAGAGACCAGCCGUUUCUGCCUAAUACUGAGCAAUUUAGUUUCUCUGAGAAUUACGUGUUUGGAAAAUUCGACACUUUCUGCAAACGAAUCAACAAAAUUAUUGCUAUGUUCGACAUGAUGGACGAUUAUAACCACUUAUUUGAAAAGAGGAUGGAGGGCUUAUUGCUGGGUGAAGACUUGGAGGAAGCCAUACAUACGUUCAAUGAGGCAAAGAAGGCAGUGACAACUUGUCAGUACGAUUACCUAGACUACAGAAACAACGAUUUCGACAAAGACUACCAAGCUUUUGAAGGGAAAAUGAGCGCAUUGCAAGAAUCUAUCGGGAAUACUAUUGAAGCUAAUUUUGUUAGUGUGUGGGAAACUCCUCAGGGAAUCAAAUUUUUAACAAGGUUUGAAAAGGUUAGUCAAAAAAUUUUAACCACAAAAUUGAGUGAAAAGUAUGACAGGGUGUUGCAGUAUUGUGAAAAGGAAGUGGAUAAAAUAUUGAAAAUGUUUAAACGCCAGAAAGAUGAUCCACCAUUGCCGAGAAAUUAUUCACCGGUUGCAGGUCGCAUAAAAUGGGCGAGGUGUCUGAUGCAUAACAUGACAGAGACGGUGGAGAGUGUUUCUGCCCAUCCUGUGCUGCGCGCGCUGCCCGCCGCUUCUGAUAUGAUGCGCAAAUACUCCACCACUCGGACUCUAAUUCUCAACUACGAAGAGACUAUGCGCGCCGUGUGGAUGAACCAAAACCUUUGGGAUGUCGACGACAGUCUGAACAAUACGCUUUUAAAAAUAGACGAAUUGGGUCGUAUAGCAGUAAACUUAGAUCACACAAUCAAGCUGUUGAUCAGAGAGUCUGACUGUCUCAUUAAAAUGGGAAUUGACCUCCCUAUUGUGUGUCAUUCGCUUUACGCUAAAAAUAAUUACUUCACUCUCGUUAACGAUUCUUUGCAGUUCCUUUUGGAGGACUAUCUCGCGACUGUGCGUCGUGUGAAACUUGAAGUGCGGCCACUCUUUCUACCGCAAGUAGUGCGACUCUCCUCCCUUCUACUACCCGGUCUUAAAACAGUCACAUGGACAAGCGAGGACUGGAAGGAAUUCAUAGACCGUGCCAAUUCGGCUAUUAAAAGCUUUGAUGUCUUAGUUACUAGAGUCCAUGAUAUAUAUACGAAUAGAAUUAUUUACGUACUGUCUGGUAUGCAGGAAGUUUCAUUAGUAAAUUUGCCAGAAGAAACGCCUUGGUCUGUAGAAGAAUUUAUAGAACACGUGGAAUCUGGAAGUCGCAACGCAUGCGUCGAAUUAAAUCGCAAGAGUUUGAUGGUUGAAGAAGCCGUUGAAGAGGUCUUGGAUUUGGUGAAAAAAGCCGCGCAACAAGUUAUACCAGCCGAGAUUAAUCCGGACUUCGAGUUUCUGAUCGCUGAAGAUGAUCCACAAAGUGGCAGUGGAGCAACGUCUACACUCAACGAGUCGACGAGUAGCGGACAGCAGGACUGGUCCGCAGUGUGGGAAUGUUUUGAGAGUCGGCAUAAAUUGCUGUCAACGCCUGCGGGUGGUCUAUCCAAGAGUAUGCAGGAAAUGGUAAAAAAUGCUGUGAGCGAAAUGCGCCGUUACUACAGUAGAAAAGUUGUUGACGUCCUGAUCAAAGUAACGCGUCGGGCCCUGGACCUGAUCAUCAAGCAGUUUUCACCGGACGAUGACGCCAUUGGUCAACAAAAGAAACCAAUAUUCCUGCUACAAGCUACGCUGAUGAUACCUAACGUGUCAGUUAAGCCGACGCUAGAAGAAAUCCAAGAUGUGUUAGUGCUUGCUGGGAAGCACAUAUCGGGUCUAUCAAAAGGCGUUUCACAAUGGAUAGGAAAGUCAUCUAGGGUGAGCUGGAAGAAGCUAGCGGGACACCAUCCGAACCAGUUGCUAGAAGUAGUUACCAAGCUUGACGAACAGGUGCAAUCAAUGACAAAUACGGCGCAAAAGUCGUCGAAGAUGGUUGAAACGACGAAAAUGAAAAAGAAGUACUACAGGUUGGAAUCUGAAGAAAAACCGGUGUUUCCAUUGCAACAAAAAAACUUCUAUAGUCACGUCAUGGAGAACAAAGAAAUUGUGAAGACUUUAGCACUAUUGUCAACUUGUACUCAAAACAUUAAAGCUGAAUUAAACAUAUUAGUAAAGCGCUGGAGGCCAUAUCAUUAUCUGUGGAAAUGCGAGAAAACUCUCCGCCAGUUGUUGGCGUGGAAUUUAAAUGAUUUUGAAUUGGCUUUAAAAAGGCAUAGUGAGUUGGAGGCGAAGUUGGCCACGGAACCGGAUGUUUUAAUUAUAGGAAACUGUUUGGCAGUCUCUACAGAAAAACUUAAAUUAGGACUUACUACUGAACUUAAAAAUGGUACGUACAGAAUAAGCCAAGCUAUGCGUAAAAAGUACAAACGUGAGAUGGACUACGUUUACGCUAUAAUGAAUGACUUAGAGCGCAAGUUGGAGCGCCCUAUCAGAGAUUUAGACGAUGUUAGAACGGUAAUGGAAACAUUAAAGAAAAUCAGAGAACAAGAAGUUGAUAUGGAAUUAAAAAUUGAUCCGGUUGAGGAAGCGUUCAAUGUUAUAACACGCUACGAACUCCCGGUCAGCAAAGAGGAUAUGGAGCAGGUGGACAAUCUUCGCUACAGUUGGCAGCAGCUACAGGCGACAGCCCUCGCAUCUCACGUCCAAUUGCUCAAGAUGCAACCGCAAUUCGAGGAAGAUCUUAAAAACAACUUGGAUAAAUUCCGUGAAGACAACGCCGAAUACUGCCAUGAAUAUAGACACGCCGGCCCUAUGCAGCCCGGGUUAAGUCCGCGUGAGGCGUCAGAUCGUUUGAUAUUAUUUCAGAAUCGAUUUGAUGGAAUGUGGCGAAAACUACAAACUUAUCAAAAUGGCGAGGAAUUAUUCGGGCUGCCUCAUACCGAAUAUCCAGAACUCGCUCAAAUCAGAAAGGAAUUAAAUCUGCUACAAAAACUAUAUAAACUAUAUAAUGACGUAAUUGAUAGAGUCAACAGUUACUAUGACAUACCGUGGGGUGAAGUCAACAUAGAAGAGAUCAAUAACGAGCUUAUGGAGUUCCAAAAUAGGUGUAGGAAAUUGCCUAAAGGGUUAAAAGAAUGGCCCGCGUUUUAUGCUUUAAAGAAAACAAUUGACGAUUUCAACGACAUGUGCCCACUUCUCGAGUUAAUGGCAAAUAAAGCUAUGAAGCCUCGUCACUGGCAGCGUAUAAUGGAGGUCACCAAAUAUAACUUCGAACUUGAUAAGGAAGACUUCUGUCUAAAGAACAUUUUAGAAGCACCAUUGUUGCAGAACAAAGAGGAUAUUGAAGAUAUUUGCAUCUCAGCAAUGAAGGAAAAGGACAUAGAAGCUAAGUUGCGUCAAGUCACAAACGAGUGGUCAGUACACGAAUUAACCUUUCAAACUUUCAAUAACCGUGGCGAACUGUUGCUCAGAGGCGAUACGACCGCAGAGACCAUCGGCCAACUCGAAGAUAGCCUUAUGAUUUUAGGUUCCUUGUUAUCUAACAGAUACAACGCACCAUUUAGAAAGCAAAUCCAACAAUGGUUGUAUGAUUUGCAAAGUGCUAAUGAGAUCCUGGAACGCUGGUUGCUAGUACAAAAUAUGUGGGUUUAUUUGGAAGCGGUAUUCGUUGGAGGUGAUAUUGCGAAACAAUUGCCAAAAGAAGCAAAACGCUUCUCAAAAAUUGAUAAAUCUUGGCAAAAGAUCAUGCAAAGAGCCCAUGAAACGCCCGGGGUCGUCUCUUGUUGCGUUGGUGAUGAUCUUCUUAAGCAACUUCUACCUCAUCUACAAGAGCAAUUGGAACUCUGCCAGAAGAGUUUAAGUGGGUAUUUGGAAAAAAAGAGAACUAUGUUUCCACGGUUUUUCUUUGUGUCGGAUCCAGCCUUGCUUGAGAUUCUUGGCCAGGCAUCUGAUUCGCAUACGAUACAAAACCAUUUGCUGUCAAUUUUUGACAAUAUUAGAUAUGUGAAGUUUCAUGAUAUUGAAUACAACAAAAUGAUUGCCAUUAUAUCAUCCGAAGGAGAAGAAAUCAAGCUUGAAAGACCAGUACGAGCGGAGGGUUCAGUCGAGACAUGGCUGACUUCCCUUUUACAAUCCGCUCAAAGUAGUUUGCAUUCCAUUAUACGCAACGCGGUAUCUCUGCUCAACGACCCUUCUUUUAAUUUGCUGCUGUUUCUUGACAAAAUGCCCGCUCAGGUUGGACUCCUGGGUAUUCAGAUAAUUUGGACAAGGGACGCUGAACUCGCGUUAAUGCAAGCAAGACAAGACAAGAAGAUCAUGAUGGAAACCAAUAACAAGUUCUUGGAACUUCUUAAUACACUUAUAGAUCAGACAACGCGAGAUCUACUAAAGAUAGAACGAAUCAAAUUUGAAACGCUAAUUACAAUACACGUUCAUCAAAGAGAUAUUUUCGACAUGUUGUGUCGUUUGAACGUGCGGUCCGCGAACGACUUCGAAUGGCUGAAACAGUGCCGCUUUUACUUCAAGGAGGACGCUGACAAAACUUGGAUAUCGGUAACGGAUGUAACCUUCACUUAUCAGAAUGAGUAUUUAGGAUGUACCGAAAGACUGGUCAUUACACCAUUGACGGACAGAUGCUACAUAACGUUAGCGCAAGCGCUGGCGAUGAGUAUGGGGGGAGCACCGUGUGGUCCCGCGGGCACUGGCAAGACCGAGACCGUAAAGGAUAUGGGCAAAACAUUAGCGAAAUACGUUGUGGUCUUCAACUGUUCCGACCAAAUGGAUUACAGAGGUCUUGGCCGUAUAUACAAAGGUCUCGCCCAAUCGGGCUCUUGGGGCUGCUUCGACGAGUUCAAUCGCAUUGAACUGCCUGUUCUGUCGGUGGCGGCACAGCAAGUUGCCGUCGUUCUUGCUGCCAAAAAGGAGAAGAAGAAGACAUUCCUCUUUACUGAUGGCGAAAUGUCCGACAUGUGUCCCGAGUUCGGUAUAUUUAUAACUAUGAACCCGGGCUACGCUGGUCGUAAGGAGCUACCGGAAAAUUUAAAAAUUCAGUUCCGAACUGUAGCGAUGAUGGUGCCUGACAGACAGAUCAUCAUCAGAGUAAAGUUGGCUUCCUGUGGCUUUCUUGAGAAUAUCACACUUGCCAGGAAAUUUUACACUCUCUACAAGCUAUGUGAAGAACAGUUGACUAAACAGGUACAUUAUGACUUCGGACUUCGAAACAUCCUCUCUGUAUUAAGAACUCUAGGUGCAGUCAAGCGAGUAAAUGCGAAAGACAACGAAAGCACGAUCGUGAUGCGCGUCCUACGCGACAUGAAUUUAUCGAAGCUGAUCGACGAGGAUGAGCCUCUCUUUAUUUCUUUGGUUGCUGACCUAUUUCCUAACCAACUGCUGGAAAAGACUACAUAUCCCGAGCUCGAAGACGCUAUUCGAAAGCAAGUCGACCAAGUAGGAUUGAUCUAUCAUCCACCAUGGGUGUUGAAAAUUAUUCAGCUUUACGAGACUCAAAGAGUGCGGCAUGGUAUAAUGAUACUGGGCCCACCAGGUGCUGGCAAAACUACAUGCAUUCACACUUUGAUGACAGCUUUAUCUGAUAUAGAAAAUCCUCACAGGGAAAUGCGAAUGAAUCCAAAAGCAAUAACAGCGGCGCAAAUGUUUGGACGCCUAGAUGUUGCUACGAAUGAUUGGACCGAUGGAAUAUUUUCAGCCUUGUGGAGGAAAACUCUUAAAAUAAAAACAGGCGAAUAUAUUUGGUUAGUCCUAGAUGGACCUGUUGAUAGCAUAUGGAUUGAAAAUUUGAAUUCGGUACUUGAUGACAAUAAGACACUAACUUUAGCCAACGGUGAUCGUUUAACUAUGUCCCCAACCUCAAAAAUUAUAUUUGAACCAGAGAACAUAGACAACGCUUCACCAGCGACAGUAUCUCGUAAUGGGAUGGUAUAUAUGAGUUCUUCAGGAUUAGAUUGGCAGCCAGUCCUCAUCGCAUGGCUAAAAUCUAGAUCACAAAGAGAAAUCGAAGUUUUCAGUGUUCUAUUUGAACAAACAUUUUUUAAUACAUACACAUGGUGUACUCAGAACCUCACAUUCAGUAUGCGCGUACUACAGAGCAAUAUUGUAUUGCAAAUGCUUAAUCUCCUAGAAGGAUUAGUGCCACCUCAGAUUGUGGAAAUCGAAGACCCAUCAGCUAGUAAAUCCGUUAAUGGUGACAUAGACGAUGAAGAGGAAAAAGAAAAUGGAGAAGAAAUCGUUCUCUUCACUCAUGAACAUUUACAUAAAAUUUAUAUUUUUGCAUUAGUAUGGGGUUUUGGUUCACUCCUUGAAACUGAGGAUAGAUUUCGUUUUGACAAAUACAUAAAAACAACAUUCACAGAGAUCUUAGAAAUACCUAAGCAUCCAAAUAAUAAACCUAGUAUUUUGUUUGAUUUUUAUGUCAAGCAUCCCGGUAAGUGGGAAUUAUGGGAUGAUUUGAUAACUAAUUAUCAAUAUCCCGAUACAGCAUCACCUGAUUAUUCUAGUAUUUUAGUACCCAUAGUCGAUAAUGUACGAAUCAAUUAUCUGAUUCAUUGCAUCGCUAAACAAGGGAAAGCAGUACUUCUCUUAGGGGAGCAAGGCUCAGCUAAAACCGUCAUGAUGAAAGCUUAUAUGAAAAAUUCUAAUCCGGAGCAAUUCAUGGGUCGCUCAUUUAAUUUUUCCUCUGCUACUAGUCCGUACCAGUUUCAGAAAACAAUAGAAAGUUACGUUGAAAAACGUAGUGGAAUGACAUUUGGGCCUCCUGGGGGUAAGAAAAUGUUAGUUUUUAUAGAUGACAUCAACUUACCACAAAUAAACGAAUGGGGUGAUCAAAUAACAAAUGAAAUUGUUAGACAAACUAUGAGUAUGGGUGGAUUUUAUAGUUUGGAAAAGCCAGGAGAUUUUACAACAAUCGUUGAUAUACAAUUUCUAGGUGCUAUGGGCCAGCCAGGUGGAGGUCGAAACGAUAUACCAUCUCGUUUAAAGCGACAAUUUUCAAUAUUUAAUUGCCCUUUGCCUAACAAUGAAUCUAUAGAUAAAAUUUUUAAGGUUAUUGGUGAAGGUCAUUAUAAUGCAAAACGAGGAUUUACUACCGAAGUUAGAUCGCUUAUAAAACGCGUUAUACCCUUGACACGAGAGCUAUGGGCACAAACGCGCCUGAAAUUAUUACCAACACCAGCAAAGUUUCACUACGUAUUUUCUUUAAGAGAUUUAUCUAGAGUUUGGCAAGGUAUGGUUGGAACACUACCAACUGUAAUAGAAUCAGAAAAAUGUCUUAUGCUUUUAUGGAAACACGAGUGCUCCCGUGUGUUUUCUGAUAGGUUUACGCAUCAAUCUGACAAAGAUUGGUUUAACAAAGCUUUAUACGACAUUUCUGAGGAAGUAUUAGGUGUAGAGUAUAAAAAAAUGAUGGAAAAAGAUCCUGUAUUUGUGGAUUUUAUGAGGGAUGCACCUGAACCAACAGGUGAAGAAGGUGAAGACGCAGAUAUGGAACUACCAAAAGUAUAUGAGCCGGUGUUUGAUUUUAAUGAACUACGCGAUCGUCUUGAUAUGUUUCUCUCUCAAUUCAAUGAAAUGGUCAGGGGAUCUGGAAUGGAUUUAGUAUUUUUCCCCGAUGCGAUGCUUCAUUUAGUAAAAAUAUCCCGUGUUAUACGACAUCCUAGAGGAAACGUUAUGCUUGUAGGCGUAGGAGGCUCGGGAAAGCAAUCACUCACGAAACUGUCAACAUUUAUUGCUGGAUAUCGCUCUUUCCAAAUAGCUUUAACAAGAUCUUAUAAUGUCGGAAACUUUUUGGAAGAUCUCAAAUUACUUUACCGGUCAUGUGGCGUACAAGGAAAAGGAACAACAUUUAUUUUCACCGAUUUAGAUAUUAAGGAAGAAGGAUUUUUAGAAUACUUAAAUAAUAUAUUAUCAUCCGGUGUUAUAUCUAACUUAUUUACUAAAGACGAGCAGCAAGAAAUUAUUUCGGAACUAACACCAAUAAUGAAGCGUGAAAAUCAAAAACGAACAUUAACGAAUGAACUAGUUAUGGAAUAUUUUCUGAAUAGGACUUGUCAAAAUCUUCAUGUUGUUUUAUGCUUUUCGCCUGUCAGUGAGGCAUUUAGAUAUCGGGCACUAAGAUUUCCAGCUCUUAUAUCAGGUUGCACUAUCGACUGGUUUCAACCCUGGCCAAAAGAUGCACUUGUAUCUGUUGCUGACCAUUUUCUAGCUGAUUUUGAAAUAGAAUGCACAAAAGAAGUUAAAAAGGAACUCGUAACUGUUUUGGGUACAAUUCAGGAUGUAGUCUCAAAAGUAUCUACAGAAUAUUUUCAAAGAUUUAGAAGAUCUUCGCAUGUUACUCCGAAAUCAUAUCUUAGUUUUAUAGGAGGUUAUAAAACGAUAUAUCAGAUGAAACAAAAAGAGCUAGGAGAUGGUGCUUUAAGAAUGGAUACUGGAUUGGAAAAGCUUCGUGAAGCGUCAAUAUCCGUUGAAGUUUUAAAGAAAGACUUAGCUGUAAUGGAACAAGAUUUAGCUUUAGCGUCUGAAAAGGCAGAUCGAGUAUUAACUGAAGUCACAGAAAGAGCUAUGCAGGCAGAAAUAGUCAAAAAUCAAGUGCAAAUAGUUAAAGAAAAGGCGGAAGCAUUAGUAGCUUAUAUUGCUGAAGAAAAAGAGAAAGCUGAAAUAAAGUUGGAAGCUGCCAAACCUGCGCUUGAAGAAGCUGAAGCAGCACUUAAUACAAUAAAACCAGCUCACAUAGCCACUGUCAGAAAAUUAGGCAGACCUCCACAUCUCAUUAUGAGAAUCAUGGAUUGUGUACUUAUUUUAUUUCAGAGAAGAUUACACCCUCUGAUACCCGACACAGCUGCGCCGUGUCCAAAACCGUCAUGGGCUGAAUCUUUAAAGAUGAUGGCCAGUACCACAUUUCUUCUGCAACUACAAAAUUACCCAAAAGACAUAAUAAAUAACGAAAUGGUAGAACACUUAAUCCCUUAUUUUGAAAUGGAAGAUUACAAUAUGGAUACAGCAAAGCGUGUUUGUGGCGACGUGGCUGGUUUGUUGUCCUGGACUAAAGCAAUGGCAUUCUUUCAUAGUGUCAAUAAAGAAGUUUUACCUUUAAAGGCAAAUCUUUUGUUGCAAGAAGCAAGAUUGAAGGUUGCAAUGGACGACCUGGCAUCAGCAGAAAGACAAUUAGAAGAGAGGGAAAUGUCCUUACGUAAAGUUAAAGAGCAGUACGAAUCAGCAGUUUCUGAGAAACAACAACUUACAGAUGCGGCAAAUGUAUGUUUGAGAAAAAUGACAGCAGCUACAGCUUUAAUCAAUGGACUAGGAGGCGAAAAAAUUAGGUGGACGCAACAAAGCAAAGAUUUUAAGGAACAACUUGGUAGAUUAGUUGGUGACGUCGUUUUAGCGACAGGUUUUUUAUCAUACUGUGGUCCUUAUAAUCAAGAGUUUAGAAAUAAUCUCUUUAAUACUUGGAUGGGAAUACUCAAAAGCAAACAUAUACCCGUUACAGAUAAUUUAAAUAUUACUAAUAUGUUAGUUGAAAGUGCAACUAUAUCUGAAUGGACACUUCAAGGUCUUCCUAAUGACGAGCUAUCUGUACAAAAUGCUUUAAUUGUUACAAAAUCUAGUUCCUAUCCGCUUCUAGUUGAUCCACAAAGUCAGGGCAAAAAUUGGAUCAAGAAUAAAGAAAGUACUAAUGAGCUUCAGAUUACUUCACUCAACCAUAAAUAUUUUAGAACUCACCUUGAAGACAGUUUAUCCCUUGGCAGGCCACUUUUAAUCGAGGACGUUGGUGUUGAACUAGAUCCAGUCAUAGACAAUGUUCUAGAAAAAAAUUUCAUUAAAUCCGGUUCCAUCGAAAAGGUUAUUGUAGGUGACAAGGAAUGUGAUGUAAUGCCUGGAUUUAUGCUUUACAUUACAACUAAAUUACCUAAUCCUGCAUAUUCACCGGAAAUAAGCGCCAAAACCUCAAUUAUUGACUUCACUGUUACAAUGCAAGGUCUUGAAGAUCAACUACUUGGUCGAGUAAUUUUGAUGGAAAAAUCAGAUUUAGAAGAAGAGCGAGUUGCUUUGUUUGAGUCAGUUAUGAAAAAUCAGAGAAGUAUGAAAGAAUUAGAAAGUAACCUUCUCUGUCGCUUAACAUCCUCAAAGGGGUCGUUAGUUGAUGACGAAGCUCUUAUUCAAGUAUUACAGAUAACAAAAACAACAGCAGAGGAAGUAAAUGAGAAGCUGAAAGUGGCUGAAGUAACUGAGAAAAAAAUUAUCAAAGCUAGAGAAGAAUUUCGAGCAGUUGCUGCAAGGGGUUCCAUUUUAUACUUUUUGAUUGUUGAAAUGAGUAACGUUAAUCUUAUGUACCAAAACUCACUCAAGCAGUUUCUUAAUAUUUUUGACAACUCCAUUACUAAAUCUACUAAAAGCAGUAUUACAGAAGAAAGAAUAAAUCUGAUUUUGAAAUACUUAACACAUGAAGUAUGGGCAUUUACAUUGCGCAGUUUAUACGAAAGACAUAAAGCAUUGUUCACACUGAUGUUAGCCAUGAAGAUAGAUUGUCAUCGAGGAUUGAUAUCACACGACGAAUUUAUGGCAUUCGUAAAAGGCGGGGCAUCUCUUGAUUUAAAUGCAGUUACUCCAAAACCUUUUAAGUGGAUCUUGGACAUAACAUGGCUCAAUUUAGUGGAGAUUAGUAAACUAAAAACUUUCUCCGACGUUCUUAUCAAAAUAUCUAGCAAUGAAAAAGAGUGGCGUAUUUGGUACGAAAAAGCCAAACCUGAAGAAGAAAUGAUUCCUAGUAGCUACAACGAAAGUCUUGAUGUUUUUCGCAAACUCUUACUUAUAAGAUCAUGGAGUCCUGACAGAACUCUUUCACAAGCCAGGAAAUAUAUUGUUGAUUCUCUUGGUGCCGAAUAUGGAGAAGGUCGCAUUCUCAAUCUCGAGACUACUUGGGAAGAAUCAGAACCACGUACUCCGCUUAUUUGUAUUCUGUCCAUUGGAUCAGAUCCAUCAGCGCAAAUUGCUGCCCUAGCUAAGGCAAAAGAUAUCGUAUUAAAAGCAGUUUCAAUGGGACAAGGUCAAGAAAUUGUCGCCCGCAAAAUGAUAUCGGAUGCGAUGAAUGAAGGAGGCUGGGUUUUACUACAAAAUAUUCAUCUUUCGCUACCAUUUUGUGUAGAGGCCAUGGAUGCUCUUAUAGAAACCGAGCAUAUUCAAGAAAGUUUCCGUCUUUGGCUUACCACUGAGGUUCACACAGAUUUCCCUAUAGGUUUGUUACAAAUGGCGAUUAAGUUCACGAACGAACCGCCACAAGGUAUUAGAGCAAGUAUGAAAAGAACUUACCAGAACAUUACUCAAGACACAUUAGAUUAUUCAUCACUACCACAAUGGCCACCUCUGCUAUACGCUGUGGCAUUUUUACAUACAAUUGUACAAGAAAGAAGAAAAUUUGGACCCUUAGGAUGGAAUAUUCCUUACGAAUUCAAUCAAGCUGAUUAUGCAGCAAGUGUCCAAUUUAUUCAAAACCACCUCGACGAAAUCGACCCAAAGAAAGGGAUUUCAUGGCCAACCAUUUGUUAUAUGCUCGGAGAGGUACAAUACGGUGGACGGGUAACUGAUGAUUUUGAUAAACGCCUGCUAACAACAUUUACCAAUGUCUGGUUUUGCGACGUACUUUUAAGACCUGGUUUUGAAUUUUACAAAGGCUACAAGGUGCCCCAGACAAGAAAUCUUCAAGGUUAUGUAGAUUAUAUAAACCAGCUGCCUCUAACAGAUACCCCCGAAGUGUUUGGCUUACAUAGCAACGCAGAUAUUACGUACCAGAUUAACAGCGCGAAAGACAUCUUAGACACCAUACUUAGUGUUCAGCCUAAAGAAGGAGGAAGUCAGGGAGGAGAAACAAGAGAAAGCAUUGUUUAUCGAUUAGCUGAAGAUAUGCUGGAAAAGCUACCAAAGCAAUAUGUUAGUUUUGAAGUUAGGGAAGCUCUACAGAAGAUGGGUGCUUUUUUGCCAAUGAACAUAUUUUUAAGACAGGAAAUUGACAGGAUACAACGGGUUAUCAAAACUGUGCAAACCACAUUGUGCGAUUUAAAAUUAGCAAUUGACGGCACGAUAGUGAUGAGUCAAGGGUUACGAGAAUCACUGGAUGCUAUGUACGAUGCAAGAAUACCCAAUCAUUGGUCAAAGGUUUCAUGGGAAUCGGCAACUUUAGGAUUUUGGUACACGGAACUAUUAGAACGAGAGCAGCAAUACAGGGCCUGGUUGCGUAACGGACGGCCGCACACAUUUUGGAUGACCGGAUUCUUUAAUCCUCAGGGAUUUCUUACGGCUAUGAGACAGGAAGUAACAAGAAGUCACAAAGGUUGGGCAUUGGACUCAGUAGUUUUGCAAAAUCACAUAACCAAGCUUAAUCGAGAAGACGUGCACGAAGGACCAACCGAAGGUGUCUACGUUUAUGGUCUGUUUCUUGAAGGAGCAUCUUUGGACCGAAAAACUGGAAAACUAAUAGAAUCAAAGCCUAAAGUGCUUUACGAACAAAUGCCUGUCAUAUACAUAUUCGCAAUAAACACAACUGCGGGUAAAGAUCCAAGAUUGUACGAGUGUCCAAUUUACAGAAAGCCUCAAAGAACUGACGCAAAAUACGUCGGUUCUAUCGACUUUGAGACUGACAGCAACCCGCGACAUUGGACGCUGAGAGGCGUGGCACUAUUGUGUGAUAUUAAAUAA